GAUUUAUUUGACCACAUUCUUCAUUGCGUCAAAAACUUUUAAAUUUUAAUUAUUUUUAAAAGUGACCUUAACAGAUACAAUUUUUAAUGCAUAAUAUUUAUUUUAACGAAUUCAAAACAUUUUAAUGCCAUGAAAAAAGUAUAACUUAUUAUCCUUUAAAUAUUUAUUAUGUACUUAAACCUGCGCCAAUAAGAAACAAUUACCAUAUUCGAAUGUUUCAUACAGGAUAGUUGUAUGUAGUGCAAGUGUCUCCGAUAUUUGAUACCGGUAACAAAUUUAUUCGAGGUGUAUUGUGAUUGUUUGUGAAUUCUGAAUAUUCCAGUGUCACAAAUGUAUGUAUUAAAAAGGCUGUCAGGGACUGUUAAUCGUUCCUGCAAAGAUUACCUUAGAAGAACCUUAACCUCUACAUCGACUGAAAGCAAAGAGGUUGAAGAACAAAAAGAGAAGAAUAUUUUAGUGGAAUUCAUUGAAGGUGUAACCACAAUUGGGAUAAAUCGUCCUGACAAAAAGAAUUCUUUAGAUCUCGCUACCACGCAAGAAUUGGUGCAAGAAUUGGAAAAAUUUGAAAAUGAUGAGAAUUCUUUUGUGGGCGUGCUUCAUGGAUUUGGAGGUAACUUCUGUAGUGGUUAUGAUCUGAAAGAAAUUUCACAGUAUGAUGGAAAAAAUGAAGAGAUUUUACCACAGUUUGGGCCAUUGGCUGACAGAAUUGAAUUAAGUAAAAAGCCUUUGGUUGCUGCUAUAGAUGGUUAUGCAGUAGGUGUAGGUUUUGAACUUGCGUUAAUGUGUGAUAUGAGGGUAGUAGACAGAACUGCAAUCAUGGGAUUCUUAAAUAGGCGAUUUGGUAUUCCUAUAUUAUGUGGUGGUACCGUUCGUUUACCUGCUAUGAUUGGAUAUUCUAGAGCAAUGGAAGUCAUUCUAACAGGUCGUGCUAUUUCUGCAGAAGAAGCUAUUAAUUGGGGUUUAGCUACUAAAUGUGUAUCUCCUGGUACAGCAUUAGGUAAUGCAGCUACCUUAGCUAGAUCACUCGUCAAAUUUCCACAGAAAACACUAUUAGCAGAUCGUGGAUCCACACACUAUGCAACAUUUUGUGCCAAACAAUUAGAAGAGGCUUUACAGUUCGAGAAAGAUAAUAGCUCUCAUCUAGUGUUUGAGGAUGGCGUUGAAGGGGCAAAGCGGUUUGUAACAGAAGGUUUAGGAAAACAUGGAAAAUUUCAUAAUUUAACUGAAAGAAAUUUUACUCCGAGAGAUUUGGAUAAAGAUCUUCUGUAAAAAAUUUUUAAUAUUACACAGAUACUAUACUGAAUACGACUGAUUUUCCGUGAAACCGUUUUACGCAUAGUAAUUGUAUAUAAAACUGUAUAUAUGGAAAAUAUCUUCUGAAAAUGUUUACAAAUUUACUACCCCUAAAAGGUUGUCAGUUUAUUUUUAUUAUGACUUCCUCUUUGAUAUAGAUUUAUUAGAAGAACCUUUUCUUUGUAUAAUUUGAGGUUUUAAUAUUGUGUCAGUGCACCUUCUAGCUGCUUUCCCGUUUAUAAGUGGCACAUAAUUUACAAUUUUACCAUUCUCGCCUCCUGUAAAUAAUACAUUUAAAACAAAUAAUAUAUUAUGCAAUGAUUGUACUUACGUUCGUACAUGACUAUCAAGUAAGAUAGAUUUGCUUGAAAGAUAUUGAGACCAGAUGUGUAAGGCUCAUAAAAGGAAGUUUUUUUUAAUUGGCACUGAUCUUCAUCACAUAAAUCGAAUUCAACUACAAAUAUUUGUAUUAUUUUAUUAUCACAGUACAAAUAACUUCAAGGUUUUAUUGGU